AUGAUCUCGACAGAGUUCGGUUUGAAGCGCCUAACGAAAGAGGAAAUCGAGAAGGAGUUCCUUCGAACCCAACUGCCUUCCGUCCGCGAGAUCUGGUGCGAGAAGGAAUCACAAAGACAAAUAGCCUUUCUUCGGGACUCGGCAGACAUCAAUUCAUCGAUCGACGUGGUCACUGGAUGGCUUACCAAAACCACAAAGCAAGCAUCACACUCACCUCUCCUCGAUCUUUUGACACAAUAUGAACGAUACAAUCUUUUGUUUAACAAUAUAUAUCAGCGCCUGGACAUCAAAGAUGUGAUUGCCAUCAGCCGAACCUGCAAAAGAUUGUCCUCAUUCUACAAUAACAUGUUGCCAUGUCAGUGGAAUAUCAAUCGGCGGCUUGCACGAUUCGUGAAUGAUCCGAAAGAGUUCAGGUCAAGAUUGGGAGAAGCAGACGCUCUAAUUUCUGGGACAUUUGCACUGUUGUUCUUCGCCCAACUCUACUGGUUAGAUUCUGGAUUGGACAUCUACGUUCGGCAAGGAUCAAAAGCUGACGCCUUGAUUCGUUACAUUGGCAAAGACGAGAGCUACCAGUUUGAUUAUAGCUAUAGCUGGUCAGAUGAUGAUCAGCACCGUACCCUCACCAGAGUGAGUUGA